CUGACCUGCCAGAUCUGACGGCCACUGUAUCUCAUGUUCUCAUCCAACCGUCAGUCUAACAGGAGAUUAACUCCGCUUUCCACAGCAACCCCAAGUUCCCGUGAGGACAAGGAAGCAUUUUCUGGCUACUGAACGGCAUAUUCUGUAGAGCUUAGUUCUUUCUCGUGCUCCCAAGUCAGUCGCUUGUACCUCAAUCCACCUGACCCAUUUAGGGUUCAACUAAGCUACUAAUGGCUGGUCUAUUGCUGGGUCUCGUAAGAUUUAUUAUUCAGCAGUAAUCAUGCUGCUGGUUUGGGAAGCUAUAUUCGCAUCCAACGUCAGUCUUAGAGCAUCGUCCUUCUCUUUCAGACGCAGCAACCAACUGAAUUCUCCCACCUCUUCGGAUAUCCCCCUAAAUAAGCAACGCCCUGCUCAACCUCUCACAACCGAUCACUCUAACCUUUCCUAGGUAGUUCAAUAAAACACCACUGUUUCCUGCGAAGCGAGUACCACCUCCGAUACAGCAGCGCACAGGGUAACGUUGGUAGCGUUGGCACCGGUACUGGAAGCACCAGACGCCCGGAGAGAAUGAAGGAAGAGGGAAGGCGGAGGAAGAGCCCUCUGCCUCUCGGCUAUGCGAUUAAUGUGGAUCAUUCCACUGGCACAGCUUUAAGUAGUGUCCGACGUCCCAUACCCUUCGGCACCGACCAUCAUGCCGAUUACGACGGAUCGUCCAGAAAGUUCAUCCAAUUCGACGAAGAUGCUAACCAGACCGGCUCGAUCCAGUACGAUUCGGCUCGGUUCAGCACGAUCCGUGAGCAGCAAGCGCAAUCUUUUGACAUGCCUCAACGAUCGCUAUCCUUCUCCUCCUCUUCCUCAAAGGCUUCCUGUUUCUCCUCUACUCUCUGCGGUCUACGCAAGUCGCUCAACUUUCUAUUUAUUUCCCUCCUCCUCCUAACCCCGAUCUACUACUUCGCCUUCGUCUUAAUCUCCCCGACGUGCACGCGAACCCCGAUAGUGACCUUCCGCGCGCCGCUUACUUACUCUACACCAAGCCCUUACUGCCGCUUAUUCCCCUUCGCCGCUCGCUGGAAAUACACUGUGUCUGAAGAAACCUCUCGGUUCGACGGCAUGGAGGAUUUCGUGUUCGACCCGAGUUCAAUUCCUGCUGAGAACAAAUUACCGGGAGAUCCGUACAGCAGCGCGGAUCCCGGGAAGAUGGCGUUUCUGUUCUUAACGAGGUCGACCAUCCUGCUCGCUCCGUUAUGGGAGCAAUUCUUUAAGGGUCACGAGCGCCGCUACUCCAUCUACGUGCACAGCUCGGAUCCGUCCUUCGAGAUCUCUGCCCAUAACACGCAUUCUCCCAUCUUCCUCGGCCGCCAAGUGCCCAGUGGGGAGGUGCUGUGGGGCGACAUCACCAUGGUGGACGCGGAGCGACGGCUGCUGGAGCUCUCCCUGCUGGACCCAGACAAUCUCUACUUCGCCCUCGUGUCUGAGACUUGCAUACCCCUCUGGUCGUUCCAGUAUAUUUAUAAUUACGUCGCCACCACUCCAGUCAGCUUCCUAGAGAGGUUUGAUUGUCCACUGAACAUUGGCUUUGGUCGUUACAUGGAAGGAAUGGGGCCUGAGAUAAAGAAGAAAGACUUCAAGAAGGGCUCCCAGUGGUUUGUGCUUCAAAGGAGGCACGCCAUGAUGGUUAUUGAUGACAGAAAAGUCUACUUCAAAUUCCAAAAGCACUGCAAACCAAGAAGGGAGUUCAAGAAUUGCUAUUCGGAUGAGCACUACCUGCAAACGCUCUUCCAGAAGAAGGACCCAGGAGGUGUGUCCAACUACACUGUGACCUUUGCCGACUGGACAGAACGCAAGUGGCACCCCAUGGCAUACUCUGCUGAGAACACCACCGCUCUGCUUAUAAGGCAAAUCAAGAGUGAGGAUCGGUAUAUUGCAUGGAGGCCAUACUGGCAUCGGAUCCGCAAGUCGUACAAGAGUCACCUGGUGCGAGACCCAAGCACAGGAAAACCUGUGAAGGAUUACGACAAUGGAUACUGUUCAUUGGGUUCGGAGCAUAGACACUGCUUCCUUUUCGCACGAAAAUUCAUGCCAUCCACAUUGCCAGGCUUGCUCAAUUUAUCGCACGUAGAACUAGGAUUUUGAGAGUUAUACAAGACUGAUUUUCAUUUUGAGCAAGCUGGUACACUCCUUUCAGCUACGAACGAGUUUACGCAUGGA